CCUGUUCCUGCGAUCUCGAAUUCUUUUAGCCCUCCGAUCGAAUGCAUUGUAUGUUGUGGUUCUGAUUUUCCGUUCGUUUUUCUGUUUUGUUAUAUUGAGGCUCGAUUCUGUUGUAGUUGCUAGUGAUUUAAAUGAAUGAGAUGCUGUGGUUUGUGAUUUUAUUGUGAAGUUUAUAGAGGUAAUGUGGCCUUAAAUUUGCACAUCGCGGAGACCGCAGGCUUUGCGUGAGUUACCGUCCCUUCCGAAGUUUUUAAGCCGCUCAAGUCCUCUAUGUCCGUCUGAUAUGUCCUGUGGCUUCGCACUCAGCAUUAUGAACCUCUUAUUUGAUAGAGCACAUGAUCUAGAGAUUGACAUGUGGUUUUGAAAAGGUACAUGGCCUUUGGAUGAAGACAAGGGAUUUGAGAAGCAUACAAGUGGCGAAGCUCACCUUUUUCUAUCAUGGUACCUUUUUGGGAUAAAAUUAUGUGGCUCAACCAAAUUGGACAAUACCUCGGGCAAAUAGAGGCCGCAUUAAUUGGUAGAUUUUAAUUGCAACUCGGAGAAGAUUUUCUAUGAAAUUUUGGUGAUUAUUGAAGGUUUUAACUUCGGUUUGCUUUCUUCUGCAAUUAUAAGGAUAAGGGAAGUUGUUGUGGACUGAAGCAAGAAUAUCACUCUAACACUUGAUUAUUACAUGGAACUAUGGAAGAGUAAUUCGGAUGGAGUUGUUGCUUUUUUCAUAUGGUUGUGACUUGUGGAACUGGAACACAAAGGAUUUUCUAUAACUAAUAUGUGUUGUGAUGGCAUGAGAUGAAAUGAACUGAGUUUCAGUCAUAUGUGUUCAGGGAUUUGAACGUCGCAAUGUGAUGGGUGUUGGAAUUAAAUCUUCCCUUUGAUGGGGUUGUAUGGAUUUGUUAUACAAAUUACUUAUAGUAAUGACUACUGUAACCCGAAAAGAGAAAAUUGAGAAAAUGAAAAUAGAAAAGUAAUGAUUGUAAGUGACAGGAUUAGACAGAUUUGGAAGCUUCGUCGGUUCCUAAAGUUAUUUUCUGAAAGUUUCAUAGUAAUUAGCUGGAGUUAUCAUUAGCGGAAUCUUCUCGAUAAUCCAAAGUCAACAUUGGCUUAUUUUUCUUUGCUAGAAUUCUCGUACCGCAUUUGGCAGAACAGGUCUAUUAUUGGGAAGGAGGGACGCAGUUGGUGACUUGCUGAGGCAUCUAAAGUAUUGUAGCUGUGUCCUUUAAUUUGAUUUGUAUAUAGCGAUUGACAUCUUCGAUCUAUCUUCAUGUGUUUAUGCACUUGCUGAAUUGCAGUAAAUUGACGAAAUUAGGUACCACUAAAUUGUGAGACUAUGUCGGAGUUUGGUUAGAAUGGAGGCAUUAGCAAGGACUUCUAUAUGAGACACUGAAGCUACUAGCUCUGCUUCCUAUCAAUGCAUCAAGACUUGCUAAACGACUUCGGAAAGACCAUAGUGAUAUAGUCAUGGAGAAGUCCCAGUUGUACAUAAAAAAGAAGAUCCUUUAUAAUCAUUUAUCUACAAGAAGGUUUGAAGCAAAAACAGUUGGUAAAUCGAGAUUGACUCUUCAAAUUGUCUCUGCCUUAAUUUAUAGCAGUAUAGUAUUCCUCUCAAGAUGAAUUUCAAAAUUGUGAUCAUGGUUACAAAAGGUUGAAGGGUGACUACUCAUGUUUGGUCUUUUGACACUAUUUAAGCUAACUUUACUUCCUUUCUAAUGAACUUCUCUAGACAUUGGAAUCCUCCUAAGUUUUCAAUUUAUGACAUGCAAAAUCAAGUAACUUGUGUUGCCUCAUAUUGUUAAGGUUUCUUAGGGUAUAUAUAGCAUUCAUAUCUUGACAUGUCCAACUCUUAAUCUAUUUGCAAAUAGACUUUGAAGUCUGAAAAUCUGUUGAGUGGGCACCCAAACAUUCCCUUAUUCUGUUGAUUGUUUGAACAAACUUACUAGCUACGUUUUGCUUCCAGUUCAAGUCAAUGAUCCAGUUGUGCUUAGAUUCCAGAUUCUGCAAAAUAUUAAAGAGAAGUUGGAUGGAAGCUUAGUAGUGUAAACCCUCAUGAAAACUUAAAAAUCUGAAGGGUCGAAACCUAAGAGCUUCACUAAAAUGAUGACAGCACAACAUGGACAGAUGAGAAGCACAGUUUAUAUCUUGAAUAUUUGGAAGUUUCAUUUGUUAAACAUCUCCACCAGUCAAUGGGUUUGCUCGCUCCAUACUCAGAGCAGAACAAGAGGGACAAAGAUAUAUCUCAAAUGAGGACGAUCGACGCUCAUAACACUUUUGAGCAGUUACCUGUUUUACAGUGUGGAUGCCAAGCAAAGGUUAACUGCAAAGGCAGUGAUCCUGUUUCCCAUGCUUCAGCCAAUUCCCAUGCUCCUCUUAAGCGUCCAGGGGCAUACCGUAUCAAACGCAUGGGAAUGCACUGUUCUUCAGUCUCAGCUGACCUGCCAGAACUAUUGACGGUUUGCGGUACAGAGAUUUGCAGGAAAGGUAUUAUAUCCCAUGGAUCAGAAACAUGUUCACAUCACUUUUCUGCUGGUAGCUGGUUCCAUGUUGACUCUUAUGGCUUAAUGAGAGAAGGUACAGAUCAGAAUUUUGUGGAUGAAGAUGAUAAAUAUAAAUCAAAUCCCAUGUCUCGAGCGAAAAGAUUGAAGACAGCCUUAACAGAUAGUUCUAGUCACGAUCAAGUAACUUCUCAAGUUUAUCAUCUCUUUUAUGUGCAAAAAGCUACUCGAUCUCAUAUUGAUUCCAGCAUCAUCCUUCCAGAUUGUGCCUUCCGGAAACCGUCCUACAACAGAUCAAUGAACAAUUCAUAGCUCCACUCUUGAGGUGAACUAGCACGUCAAAAUUCUUUGAGACAGGUAAGUUAUCAUGGGACCAGAAUUGACGGAACAUUUGCAAUCCAGGUCAAGGUGAUCUCGGAGGAUGCUAUUCCAACUACGAAGUUUUGCAUAGUAUGAAACAUUAGGCACUAAGGUUUUAGUUGAAGUACAAAGGGAGCUUUUGCACUUACAGGAAUUUCAUUUGUUUGAUUUAGUAUAUAUAAAUGUAGAAGAAACAUAUAUAUAUAUAUAUGUAUAUAUAUAUAGCCCCCCUAUGUAGAGCAGAGGAGUCUGCCAUCUCCCCUUCCUUUGACUGAGACAUUAUGAAUGUUAUGAAAAUAAUUCAUAUAUAUUAGUGGUCAAGGCCUACCAUGAUUUUGGUAGGUGCCUGAGUUUGAA